AUGGUGAUGGGAGGACGAUCCGGUCGAAGGUGGGACGCAUUCGUGUUGAAGCCUCCGUCGUGGAUGAGCGGAUGGUGCGCGGAGUCGGAUUGCGCACCACGACGAAGUGCUCGCUCUCCGGAGCGUGAUCGAGCGGUUCACCAUUUUGUUAAUGAUCGCAUAUCUGGAGAGUUCUUCUACAACCUUACAAGCUUGAGAAGGUGCGAUGAGUUGUGUGACGUUGUCUUGGAGGCUUGUGGACCAGGGGAUGGGGGAGGUGCAGAAUCGGAGAGUGCCCCACCAACAAUCAUCGCUGCACACAAAGUUGUUCUUGCGGCCGCUUGUCCAUACUUCAGAGCAAUGUUUACCAGCAACAUGGUUGAAUCAACAAAAGAUCGAAUUUUCAUAAGAGACAUCGAUGGACCAACAUUGGCGCUUCUGGUGGAGUAUAUGUACAGCGGCCGUUUGGAUAUAGAUGAAUCCAAUGUGCAACUAUUGUUGAGUACUGCGUCUAUCCUUCAGUUAGCUUGUGUUCGGGAUGCAUGCUCAAGAUUUUUGUUAGAGCAGCUGGAUGCCAGCAACUGUCUGGGUAUCGCAUCUUUUGCGCAAACGCACAACUGCACGCAGCUAGCUCAUGCAGCGCAGAUGUUCACACACCAACACUUCAGAUUGCUAGUAGAGAGUGAGGAGUUGCUUUCAAUGGAUGAAGAAAGUUUCAUACAACUGAUUUCCGAUGAUCGUCUGACGACAGAGGGUGAAGAAGCAGUGUUUGAAGCUGCAAUCAACUGGGUCAAGCACGAUCCAUCGCGAAAGGCGUCGCUACCCAAAGUUCUCGCUGCUGUUCGUUUGCCACUCAUCUCACAAGAGUUUCUGCUCGAUCGUGCAUAUCAGGAACCAUUGAUUCAAGAGUCGCCUGCUUGUAUAGCCAUGCUUUGCUCAGUCUACCACCACAUUCUGAAAAAAGAAGUGACUCCAGGUAUAGUUUCCAGCUGGAUCCGACCCAGACAGCCUGUACCUCUUUCACAGUUGAUCAUGGUUGUUGGAGGACAGGCACCGAAGGCCAUUUCCAGCGUCGACACAUUUGAUCCAGACUCACAACGAUGGAGCUCACUUGCUCCUUUGCAACAACGACGAUGUCGUUGCGGGGUCGUUAUGGCUGGUGAUUUGGUCUAUGCAAUCGGAGGCUUCAAUGGUUCUGCUCGCAUCAGAUCUGUUGAAAUUUAUGAGCCUCGCAGGGAUUUGUGGCUUACUGGACCAGCUAUGGAUGCUCGUCGCAGCACACUUGGUGUUGCCGUUCUUGAUGGAAACAUUGUCGCAGUAGGCGGCUUUGAUGGUUCUACUGGGUUAUGCAGUGCUGAAAUGCUUGAUCCUAGACAAGCUCAGUGGAUGGCUUUACCAUCAAUGACAACCCGACGGUCAAGUGUUGGUGUUGCUGCUAUAAAUGGAAUUGUGUUUGCUAUUGGUGGUUACGAUGGGCAAUCAAGACAGUGCCUUAGCUCGGUGGAACUGUAUGAUUCGCGCGCAAAUCGCUGGCGUAUGGGAGAACCACUUCUCGAAGUCCGAUCCGGUGCGGGCGUGGGAGUUUAUCGAGAUCGUGUAAUCGCCGCUGGUGGUCAUGACGGCCCUUUGGUCCGCGCUUCCGUGGAGAUCCUUGGCGAUGAAGGUUGGAUGCAUCUACCCGAGAUGUCUGUUUGUAGGCGAAAUGCUGGUAUUGUUGUGGCCAACGGGACAGUUUUUGCUCUCGGAGGCGACGAUGGCGCCAGUAAUCUAUCAACUGUCGAGUGUCUGUCUUUAGAAAGCCCGGACCCAGACUGGAGCUCAUUGCAGACUGAAAUGCCACAAGCACGAUCAUACUGUGGUGUAACUCUGCUCCCGAAAGCGUGAGAUACACACGAACUUCACUCUCAUCUUUAGAGGGCUUUUGUUCCCGAACAUUGACCUUAUCUGGUCUCAGAUGCCUGGCUAUUAUUUUUGAGUUCAGCGUUCUUCCAUAUCUCUCUGCAGCUAUCUUCCGCAUGCAUUUUACGACUAGUCGUCCAAUUUAUCUGACGUAUCUUACUGGUAUGCAUUCCAUGUUUCUGUUGUCAUCAUGCACACUCGUCAGCUACAUCGUUCUCAUAGCAUAGUGUUUCAUUUUCGAGAUCUCGUUUGUAAAUCUUAGUUUACCGAAUUUAUGAGCUUCAAAUACUGUAAUAAAGGUAC